AGUAGCUUUCUUUCUUUGAUGUCCUUUAGUAACCACUAAUGGAGAUUAAACAUUAAUGUGAAGAUGGAAAAUAUACCGGUCGUGCACUGCUUUUUAUAAUUCAUGUUUUUGUCGGUUGUCUGUAGGAGCUGUCGACAUGAAAACACAUCUUGGAAGCAUCUAAUGUUGAAUUUACCGUUUUUAUCCACACAGCUGUGAGAGAACCUCCUGCAUUCUCCAUCACCAUGUUUGUGGCUCCUCUCCUGCUGCUGCUCUCACUUCCCUUUCCCCCCUCAUCCGGUGCCCAGUUACCCAAUCAAAACCAAGCCAAGCAUGUCCCAGUGGCAACCAACGGACAGCCCUUCCCCUGGCACCACAUGAGACUCCCUAAAACUGUCUCCCCCCUCCACUAUGACCUCUCCGUCCACCCAAACCUCACCACUCUUGACUUUACAGGCAUUGUUCGAAUCCAGCUGAACGUGCUUGAAGACACCAGGACAAUCGUGCUCCAUGCCAAGAAGAUGCAAAUAUCCAACGUGCUGCUCCUUGCACCUGAAGGCGUGAGGCCUUUGCAGGUGUUGGAGUAUCCUCCUUUCCACCAGCUCGCCUUGCGGUCAGACUCUGUUCUGACCAGAGGGAGGAGGUAUGAAGUUCAGCUACAGUUUGCUGCAAACUUGUCUGACAGCUUCCAUGGUUUCUACAAGGGCAGCUACCGCACCAGCAGCGGGGAGGAUCGGGUUCUGGCGUCCACACAGUUUGAAGCCACCUUUGCCCGUGGAGCUUUCCCCUGUUUCGACGAGCCCGCCUUCAAAGCCAACUUCACCAUAAGGAUUAUACGAGAGCCACGCCACAUAGCUAUAUCCAACAUGCCCAAGGUGAAGACAGUGGAGUUGCCUGGUGGUUUGCUCGAGGAUCACUUUGACACAUCAGUUCAAAUGAGCACUUACCUGGUGGCCUACAUUGUGUCUGACUUCUCGUCUGUGAGCAGAACCACCCAGCACGGUGUCAAGAUUUCAGUCUACGCUGUAGCUGAGAAGAUUGACCAAACAGCCUUUGCUCUGGAUGCUGCCGUGAAGCUAUUGGACUUUUAUGAUGACUAUUUUGAUAUUCCUUACCCUCUUCCUAAACAGGACCUGGCUGCCAUCCCUGACUUUCAGUCGGGUGCAAUGGAGAACUGGGGUCUGACCACCUACAGAGAGACGGGCCUCCUCUUUGACCCCGACAGGUCCUCAGCUUCAGACAAACUGGGGAUCACCAAAGUUAUCGCUCAUGAGCUCGCACACCAGUGGUUUGGGAACCUGGUGACGAUGGAGUGGUGGAAUGACCUGUGGCUGAACGAGGGUUUUGCAAAGUUCAUGGAGUUUAUUUCUCUUGACAUCACCUACCCAGAGCUGCAAGUGGAUGACUUCUUCUUGGGGAAAUGUUUUGAGGCCAUGGAGGUAGACUCCCUCAGCUCCUCCCACCCAGUCUCUACCCACGUGGAAAACCCAACACAGAUCCAGGAGAUGUUUGACGAUGUGUCAUACGACAAGGGAGCCUGUAUUCUGAAUAUGCUGCGGGACUUCCUGACUCCUGAUGCUUUUGAGAUUGGCAUCAUCAGAUACCUGAAGCGCUACAGCUACCAAAACACCGUCAACAGCCACCUGUGGGAGAGCCUGACUGAUAUCUGCAACUCUGAUGAUCUGCAUGAAGGAGGAAAGAAACUCAAAGAAUUCUGCUCCAAACGUAACCAUUUGUCCGGAGCCUCUCAGAAAUGGUUCUCUGGUGACGAGCUGGAUGUCAGGGCCAUCAUGGACACCUGGACACUGCAGGAAGGUUUCCCACUGGUCACCGUGGAGGUCAAAGGUCGGGAGGUCAGGCUCAGUCAGGAGCGUUACCUGAAGACAGAUGACCCCUCCCUCACUGAAGGAUUCCUCUGGCAGAUCCCACUGACCUACAUGACCAGCGCCUCCAGCACUAUCCACCGCUUCCUGCUGAAGACAAAGACUGACGUCCUGUACCUGCCCGAGGAGGUGGAUUGGGUGAAGUUCAAUGUGGACAUGAGUGGAUACUACAUGGUCCAUUACACAGGCCAGGGAUGGAACUCCAUCAUCAAAGUGCUGCAACACAACCACACAGCACUGAGCAGCAAUGACCGUGCAAGCCUCAUCCACAAUGUCUUCCAGCUGGUCAGUAUCGGGAAGGUGAGGCUGGACACGGCUCUGGAGCUGUCUCUGUAUCUGUCCAGAGAGACUGAGAUCAUGGCUGUGACUCAGGGCUUUGGAGAACUCGUUCCUCUCUACAAACUGAUGGAGAAGAGAGACAUGGCUGCUCUGGAGAACCAGAUGAAGGGCUACAUUGUGGAUUUGUUCCACGGGCUGAUGGAUCGUCAGGAGUGGACUGACUCUGGUUCGGUGUCAGAGCGCAUGCUGAGGAGUUACCUGCUGUUGUUUGGCUGUGUCAGGAACUACGCCCCCUGUGUUAAGAAAGCCACCCAGCUCUUUAGCCAGUGGAAGGACUCGGAUGGCAAAAUGAGCCUCCCUGUCGACGUCACUAUGGCAGUGUUUAUGGUUGGAGUUCGAACACCAGAGGGGUGGGACUUCCUCUUUGAGAAGUACCGCAGUUCUCUGCAAAUGUCUGUAAGGAGCCGUAUGAAGUCUGCCAUGGCGUACAGUCCGCUGAAGGACAAGCUCCAGUGGAUGAUGGAGCAGAGCCUCCAAGGUGAGGUGAUGAAAACUCAGGACCUCCCAGAUGUGAUCGUCACUGUCAGCAAGAACCCUUAUGGCUACCAACUGGGCUGGGAAUUCCUGAAAGCCAACUGGCACACAAUGAUCAAGAAAUUUGACCUGGGCUCUAGCACCAUAUCAUACCUUGUGACUGGGGUGACAAACCAGUACUCCACCAGGGAGAAGUUAGAUGAGGUGAGGAGCUUCUUCGGCUCCCUGACUGAGGAGACGGGUUCAGAGAUGAGAUGUAUCCGGCAGACCUACGAGACCAUCGAGGAUAACAUCCGCUGGAUGGACACCAACGUCCCUCUACUUCAGGCCUGGCUGGACAAACGUGGCCACAGAGUCCUGCAUGAAGAUUUAUAGCCGUAUGUGGAACAGUCUAAAUUAAAGUCUAAAUUGGACAGUUGUGUUGUUAAAGGCACAAACCAGAAGAUAUUUGAAAGCUUGUUGGCAGAAUUAGGGCAUCUCAGACUUGAAGCCCAAAAACUGAUGACUUUAAGUAUGAGGACAAAAAUACUUUAUAUUUGAUUUUAGCACCAGCAACUCUGGAUUUCCCCAUAAAGAUAAUAGGAAACCAAAAAAAAGAAAUCAUUUUUAAACUCAUGCCACCUGGUAAAUGGGAAAUUGACUUUUUCUAGUAUUCUGACUACUCAAAGCUCUUUUACACCGCAGGUCACACAUACUCAAUCAAACCCAUUCACACACCUCAUUGCAUGUAAUAAAUCACCUUAUCCUGGACAGACCUGACUGACGAGUCACUAAAUACUUACUUGUGGCUUUGAAAGCAUUUUUUACCGGCAGAGAUUUUUUUUCCCAGGUUCAAGGGAUCUAAGUAAUUACAGAUUUCCUUAAAGAGAAUGAAGGUUUUCUUGGGAUUUUAGUUUUCUAAUGAAGGCACUCUGUGGUAGUCAUGACUCCUAAGGAUCAAGGGUGUCUCUGUGUUUGUUUAGUUUGUUGACGUGUGAUUUAAAAAAAAAAAAAAAAAAUGUGCCUAAGGAUGUACAAAUUUGAAUGAAAAGUUCCUUUUGUGAAUGUCUUUUUUUGUUGAUGUAAUCUUCAUUUGUGCAGCAGAAAGCAUCAUGAACAUUCUUCAAAUCUGUACUUAGUGUCGUACAAGAAGAAUUGUACAACAAAUGUUUCAUCUUCAAGAAAUAUUUUGGCACCAGACCACUCCAUCUAACAAAUGUGAAAAUCUAAACAACAUUAAAAAAAGUGUUCUCCUCUUUAGGAAGAAAACCAAAAAGCAGGCCUUCUGCCAUUCUUUGGUAAAAAAGGCUGUUAGAGCUUGUACUACCUAAAAGACGGUACAUCACAAUGACUCUUGUUUUGCACUGUUUGCUUUAGUUUGAAACACUGGUUAUAUAAGAAUGAAUUCUGAGACUACUGCUUCUUCUUGGUAGCAUUUCUUGAUUUUCUUAAAGAUGGCAAAAGCAAGUGCACUGAAUAACAUGUUAGUCUUAUUUAUCUGCUGCUGUAAACCCCCUCAUCUGUUUAGUAGAGGUUGGCGUUUUACAGCCAGAAUUAUUUUUUAUGAAUUAAAAACUGCACCAAUUCAGUCAUUUUUAAGUGAUGUUCAUGUGUAUUUCUUAUCUUUGUUGAUAAACCUGACGGUUACAGGUA